UUGGGCUGGGUGGAGGAGGAUAGGAAGAGCUGCCGGAAGUAGGCGGUGGAGGUGGCGGCAGAGCUGGCCGCAGCUGCCAGGGAAACCGAGGCGGGAAGCGCGGCUGCAGACCCUCCGCACCGGGGUCAGGUGUGCGCCCCGCACGCCUGAGGCCGAGGGCUCGCUCCUCCUAGGCCGCGUCCCGGGUCCCGGGUCCCGCAGUCUCCGCGGGCCCCCUCCUUGCCCGAAGCCCGCCAGGGGGCGCCGCGCCGAGGGGCUGCGGAGCGGGGGGCAGACGGCCCUGACCCCCGGGACGGCUCGGGGCGGGGCGGGAGGACACGGCUCGUCUCGCUCGGGAGGUGCGCCUGGGCGGGGGCCCCGAGGCCUCAGCCCCGGACCGAGGCAGGGGCUCCUGGGGGCGCGGGGGGCGCGUCGCCCUCUGCCCCCGCCGGCACCCUGGCGAUGACGGGCAAGUCGGUGAAGGACGUGGAUCGGUACCAGGCGGUCCUGGCCAACCUGCUGCUGGAGGAAGAUAACAAGUUCUGUGCUGACUGCCAGUCCAAAGGGCCGCGAUGGGCCUCCUGGAACAUUGGCGUGUUUAUCUGCAUUCGGUGUGCUGGGAUCCACAGGAAUCUGGGGGUACAUAUAUCCAGGGUGAAAUCAGUGAACCUCGACCAGUGGACUCAGGAACAGAUUCAGUGCAUGCAAGAGAUGGGGAAUGGAAAGGCAAACCGACUCUACGAAGCCUACCUUCCUGAGACCUUCCGGCGGCCUCAGAUAGACCCAGCUGUUGAAGGAUUUAUUCGAGAUAAAUAUGAGAAGAAGAAAUAUAUGGACCGAAGUCUGGACAUCAGCGCCCUUAGGAAAGAGAAGGACGAUAAGUGGAAACGAGGGAAUGAACCUGCCCCAGAGAAAAAGAUGGAACCUGUUGUUUUUGAGAAAGUAAAAAUGCCACAGAAAAAAGAAGAUGCACAGCUACCUCGGAAAAGCUCCCCCAAAUCUGCAGCCCCUGUCAUGGACUUGUUGGGCCUUGAUGCCCCGGUGGCUUGCUCAAUUGCAAACAGUAAGACCAGCAACGUCCUAGAAAAGGAUUUAGAUCUCUUGGCCUCUGUUCCAUCCCCUUCUUCAGUUUCCAGAAAGGCUGUAGGUUCCAUGCCGACUGCAGGGAGCGCCGGUUCUGUUCCUGAAAACCUGAACCUGUUUCCUGAGCCAGGGAGCAAAUCAGAAGAAACAGGCAAGAAACAGCUCUCCAAGGACUCCAUCCUCUCACUGUAUGGAUCCCAGACUCCUCAAAUGCCUGCUCAAGCAAUGUUCAUGGCUCCUGCUCAGAUGGCAUAUCCCACAGCUUACCCCAGUUUCCCUGGGGUUACACCACCUAACAGUAUCAUGGGCAGCAUGAUGCCCCCACCAGUAGGCAUGGUAGCUCAGCCAGGAGCCUCUGGAAUGGUUGCCCCCAUGGCCAUGCCUGCAGGCUAUAUGGGGGGUAUGCAGGCUUCCAUGAUGGGUGUGCCGAAUGGGAUGAUGACCACUCAGCAGGCCGGCUAUAUGGCAAGCAUGGCAGCUAUGCCGCAGACUGUGUAUGGGGUUCAGCCAGCUCAGCAGCUGCAGUGGAACCUUACUCAGAUGACCCAGCAGAUGGCUGGGAUGAACUUCUACGGAGCCAACGGCAUGAUGAACUAUGGACAGUCAAUGGGCGGUGGAAAUGGCCAGGCAGCCAAUCAGACUCUCAGCCCUCAGAUGUGGAAAUAAAAGCAAAAUGCCUGUAUGGCUGCCACUCUUCCUCAUCCCUUGCUUUCCCUUUUCUCUUCUUUCCCAGCCCUCUCCUCCUCUUUUUCCUACCUCUUUCUGUUUGGUUUAGAAAUUGCUCAUAAGUCAUCUGGGGUUUGGCGUCCUGCCCAACCCAGUCCCUUCCCCAACUCACAGACCUCUCUGUUGCCUUGUGUUGGUCAUGUCCCCUGACUUCCUGAUUUCCUCCCACCCCACCCUCUCCCUGCACCAGCACCUUAGAAAUUAUUGGCAGAAGAGGGUACAUGAGCUGCUCAGUACCUUCCCUUGAGGCUGAGCCUCCUCUCAGGCCCCCAGAAAGGUCUGUAGAGGCUGAGUGCUUGGCAGAGGGAACGUGGAGUGGUCCUUUGUUUUAAACUAUUUCUAAGUGUUGGGAGUUCUGCUUGAAGAAGCAAGCAUUGUUCCCAGUUUUGUGGGAAUGAAGGAAGUUGCGUAGUCAGAUAAUCCUUGGGUCUUGGGUCAAGUUGGUCCUGGCCCUGGAGUGAGGCAAGCCCCUUCCUAUGAGGAUGAGCAAAAAUAUCAUUCCACUUGACUUGAUGAGUGCUAUCAGGAUCUGGAGCUUCAGGACUUGCUGCUCCAGUCUGCCUUUCUUAGCACCAAAGACUCCAUGAAGGUCCCCCACACAAACACACAUCCCUUGCCCGCCUUCUGCCUGCCUUGAGCAGGAUCCGGCCCUGUGGCUGAAAGACCAGCCCCUACAAGGAAAUGCAGAGCUUAGUGUGUGCGCUGCUUGUGUGCGUGUGGAUGUGUGGAUCCCACUGGCCACCUCCCCAUCUGCUCUGGGUGUUUUGUUUUUCUACUUCUAGGUUUUCGACAGAGAGGAAUUAAUUUCUCAAUAGCUAAAACUGUUGCCAGGUUACCUUACUGUGUAAAACUUGCCAUCUCAUUGAUAGCUUCCUCCUCCUUUCCCUUUCCCAUCACCGUCUUUGAGGUCCUCGUGUCUAAGUGCUGUUCACUCACCUCUUCCAGGUGUAAGAGGCGGAGAGCCUGGGCAGCUUUCUCUCGGCCAUUGUUCACCCCACUUGAAACUCAAACAAGAAAACUUUGCUUCAAAGAUCUCAUGUGUGGGAACCACAGCGCCUGGUUGCCUUUCUCCUCUGUAUGUGUAAACCCCUUAAUAAAUAUUGCAGGGAAGGACCGUU